AUGGGUCCUCGCGGCGCUGGACGGCGUCUUAAUGAUCAAGAACGCAUGGAGAUUCUUGAGAUUAUUCAACGUGAAGCAAAGGUAAAGAAUGUUGAUCUAGCUAAACGCUAUGGUGUUUCUGAGGGUGCUAUUCGGAAACUUAAACAAAUGAAGGACACAGUUCGUAAUCGCUAUUACAUGGGCAAUGAACACAAUCGUGACAAGCGCAAGCGUGGUGGAUUUAAACGUAAUGCACCAUUUGAAGAGGAACUCUAUCAGUGGAUUGUACGUAUGCGUGAGUCACAACCGUAUCAACUUAUGCCGCUUACGCAGACAGCCGUGCGUCAACAGGCUAUCGUACUGGCCAAGAAUUAUGAUAAAAUGGCCAACUUCAAGGCUUCUCCUGGCUGGUUUGCACGCUUUUGCUCACGCCAUCAAUUGGAUCCAAUUGUAACAACUAUAAACCCUGCUGCUGCUAGUGCAUCAGUCGCUCCAGAUGACACGGUAAUGGGUACAGACGAGGGAGCACAAGCGGCGACGGUACCCGCUGCAGAAGUGACGACGGUAGAUGACACAGCUUUCUUAAUGGAAACACUCACGGCAAAUUCUGUGACAACGUCGGACAUUGUGAAUGGGGUGAACGCAGAAGAAGGCAGCAAGAUAGAGACGCCGUCCAUUAAUGAACAGGUACAGCAAGCUGCUCGCGAGCACAAUGAAGCGGCACUGCGAGCAGCAGCGGCCAAGAUUGACGAGGCGCAAGCGUCAGUAGAAAACAAGACGAUUAAGAAGGAGGCAAUGAUCCAGUCGCAGGCAGACGAAGAUACCGAAGAUGAGUACGAGCAGAUUAAAAAAAAUGAUGACACAGCGGCUGUGGCGGUGAAUGAUGAUGAGAUCUUCAGUCUUGGCCUAUAG